AUGGAAUAUAUAUUUAAUAAAAAAAAUAAAAUACAAAUAUAUGAGAAUAAUGAAAAGGUCUUUGAUUUAUGGAAAAAAUAUGUAAUCGGUGAAGUGGUGAAUUUAUGCAACGAAGAUAAUAAAACCCAAAAAAUAAAUAAUAAUCAGGAUGUGAAAGUAAAAUAUAAAAGGAAGAAAAAAUUUGAUAAAUAUAUAUAUAAUUGGAAAGAAAUAAAUUAUUUUUCUAAAGAAAAUGAAAAGGGAAAUAAUUCACAAAAAACAAGUGAUUGGGAAAAAGAGGGUGAAAAAAAUGGGUGUAGCAAAAAUAACCAAAAUAUCAAUUAUAGUGAUAUAAAAAAGAAAAGAGAAAUUUUGAUAAAAGAAGAAAAUUAUUUAAAUAGUUAUGAAAAACAAUUAGAUAAUAUGAACAAAAAAAGUCUUGAACAAUUUUAUUCGUCUCACAAAAAUGAUGAACAAAAAAAAACACCCGUAGUAGUAGUAAGCUAUGAAAAUUUUGUAAAUAGAAAUGUAAAUAUAGAAUAUAAUGAAGGUACAGAUUUUUUAAAAUAUAUAUAUUCUUCUAUAUCUUUAAUAAAUGAAAACAAAGUCAUUAUACCAAAAGGAAAUUAUUUAUAUGAAUUAAUUUAUCCACAAACAAUUCAUGGAUUUCCACUUAUAAAUAAAUUAAAUUAUUAUCUUGUUAAACUAUACAUAAAUAAUAAUUGGGUUUUAGUAUUUGUUGAUUUAGAAUUACCUUACGAUAAAAACAACAAUAUUUUAUCAUGUCAAUCCAAAAAUGAUCAAAAAGAAAUUUGGAUAUACAUUUUAACCAAAGCAUUAUAUAAAAUAUUUCGUCUUUUUGAUUUUUAUGAAUAUCAUCUUUAUAUAUUUGAAAUGCUAACAGGUUAUAAAUGGACAUGUAAUAUUCCAAUUACUCUCAAUUCAAAUGAUAAUAUGAUUUAUAAUUAUAAUAAAAAUAGAAUUCAAAUAGUUUUAUUAAAUAGGGAUAGAGAAAAAGAAAGUAUAAAAAAUACUUAUCACUUUUCUUCAAUGAAUAGUAGUUCCUCUUUCAAGGGUGCUGAAAAUAGAAAGCUAGAUGAAAAAGAUAGAAAAUUAAUUGAAAAAAAUAUAAAUUCCAUCACUACGAAGGAAGAUACAUGUAUUAUAGACAAAGAAGAAAAAUCCAAAGACACAGAUCAAGGAUUAAAAAAAAUAAAAAAACAAAAAAAUUUACACUUUUUCCAAAUAUUCCCAUUUGAAAAUAACUUAUAUUUUAUUAUAACCUAUGAAAAUGUUAAACCUAAUAAAUAUAUAAAAUAUUCUGAUUAUAUAAUUAAGAAAAAACAACAAGAGGAUAAAAUUUUAAAAGGUUAUAAAUAUAUUAAUAAACAAGGAGAUAUUAUAAUUUCCAAUAUCAAAUUAAUACCAGUAAAUAAAUUUCAACACAAUUGUUCAAGUAAGUCAUUGGAAAAUUGUACUGACAAAAGUCAUCAGCAAAAAUUUAUAAUUAAUGAUGGACAAAAUGUAAUAAAAAAUAACGAUAUUAAUGAAAAAACGGAUUUUAUUAAUAAUAUAAAAAAUAAUAUAAUUUUAAAUAAACAAAAAUACAAUAUUAUAAUAAAUCAAAAUAUAGAGGAUGUUCUUCAAUUGUUUAAAGAAAUAUUACUCGACUUUGACCAACCAUGCCCUAAAAUUGAUAAGAAUAUACAUUCUAAAAAGCAUAAAAAAACACAAAAAGACGUUAGCAAAUGGAUUAGCGAAAUAGAUAUCGAAAAGAUUCUUAAAUUUAUCAAUGUAAGUUAUUCAAGUUAUUAUUUAAUAAAAUUGGAUAAUAAAUUUCUUCGAACAAAUAAAAUUUACAACUAUAUAUACUACAAUCAUUUUAGUUUUUCUUCUACUAAUGUGUAUAUGAAAAGUAUGCCACAGCUUAAUGGUAGUAGUAAAAUAAAAAAUAUAGAUAAAUAUAAAGAUGAAGAAAAGGGAAAGGAUAAUAAAAAAAAGAAAUUAAAAUAUAAUGAAAAUGAAACACAGAUAAAUAACAAUCUCUUUCUUCUUCUUAUAUGCUCUAUUUCGAUAUGUUGUGAAAAAAAUGACAAAAUUCAAACCACCACAAAUAAUACAAAUUGUGAUAAUGAAAAGAAAACAGAAGAAAUUGCGUUGGAUCAUAAUUGUACAUUAAAUAAUAAGCAUAAAUUUUUCAACCUUUCAUUUUUUACACAUAAAGAAAAAGAUGAAUACAAACUAUUAGAAAGAGAUAUAAAAAAGGGGGGAAAUAGUAUGUUAUUAAAUGAUUUCAUGAAUUCCAUUAAUAGCUUUAAUAAAUGUGAACAAAAUAUAAAAAUUUGUAAAAAAAAUUUAAUAUCUCAAGAAGAUGUUUUAAGUUCUGAAUGUUUUAUAAAACAAAUUGGGGAAUGUAUUUACAAAGAAAAUUGUAACGAUAACAAUGUCUUAUUUUCUUCCUAUAUAAAUAAUUACAUUUGUAAUAUAUUCAAUUCUAAUCUUUAUGAUUCCAUUUUUUUUCAAAGUAAAAUAGAAAAAAAAUCUAUAUCUCUUAAAGAAAAUAAGGAACAUUUUUUUUUUAUAUAUAUUAAGGAUCCAAUCAAAAGUAACCUAACAAUUGAGUGGGUAAACGAAAAAAUAAAUAAAGUUAUAAAAAAUGAAAAAGAAAAUAAGGAUGAGGAAAUUAUGUGUGAAAGUAAAUCCAUUAAUUGUUCUUUUUUUCUUCUAGAAGAAUUUCUUGAAAAACAAAUGAAAAUGAAAAUAAAUUCAUUUAUUAAAAACAUAAAUUUAAAAAAAGAAAAUUCAAAUAAAAUAUUACUAAAAUUUAUUGUAACCAUAUCUAGAGAAAAAGAAAAAGAAAAUAUUCCUUUUUAUUAUUUAAUUCAAAAAAUAAACAAUAUAAAAAUGUUAUCCUAUUUAGACAUAUAUGUAUGCAAAAUAAGUAAAAAUCAUAGUGAAAAGCGAAAAAAAAGUUCAGUAGCAAUAAAUGAGCAAGAUAGUUAUAACCCAAUCAUAAUUGGAAAGUUUUCCAAAAUGUCUUUAAAAAAUAUUAUUUUCAAAUUUGCCAUGUUUCAUGAUAUGCCAUAUGAUGAGGAAAAACUAAAUGAGAAAUCAGAAGAAUAUAAUUAUUUAUUUUUGAUAGCUUUAAAAAAUGUAGAAAAAAUAAUUGAUCAAAAUAUGGUGCUUCAAAUAAUUGCUGCAUUACCAAAUAAAGAAAAUUCUGAAAAAUCUGAGCAUACUGAAAUUUUAACUAUUAAUGAAGUUCCGUCUUUUUGUAAUCGCUAUGCAUUUAGCUAUUACAACGAUCCUAUAAAUAAUAAUUUCCAUGAAUUGAAGGAAGUAAAAGGAAAUAAAAAAAAAGAAAAAGAAAGCAAACAUAAUAAUUAUGAAAAGAAAAAUGACAAAACCUAUAAAAAUGAACAUAAUAUAUCGGACAAUACAUUUGAACAAAAAGAACACACAAAUUUAAAGCCAUCUAAAAAUAAAGUGGGCACAUAUAGUGAGAAAAAAAGAUCUUCAUUAGUUGAUUGUAAUAGUAAUACGGCAAAAACAUUUACAGUGAUAAAAAAAAUAAAAAUAAAUGAUAAAAGCUCUUUUUCUUAUGGAAGCAUAUUUGUGGAAUUAAAAAAUGUUAAUAUGUUCAAAUAUUUCAUAGUCAAAAUUUAUAAAUAUAAAAAAAACGAAUUACCUAUAAAUACAGUUCCUAAAGAAAACGAAACGGAAAAUGCACAUAAAAAUAACAAUGAUAAAAAAGUUUUGGAUAUACAAAAUCAAAAUUUACCCAAUUCCAAUUACACAAGUUUAGAUUCACUUAUAAAUAGUUACAAGCGGGUUAAAAUAUUUAGUAGUGGAAAAAGAGGAAAAAAAAAAUGUGUUUUUAUUAAACACCUAGAAAUAGAUUCAAAAGAGCCAUAUUAUCUAUAUAUAAAGAUAAGAAAAAAUGAUCAAAUUUAUGAAAAAAAAAAACAAAGCGAAAUGCCCAAUAUUUUAACUACAAAAAUAAAUGAAAUAAAAAAAAACUCAUUGGAAAAACCAUAUAAUAAUGAUUUGUCUGAAAUAAUUUUAAGUGUCCACUUAAAUUUUUCUUCGGAUGUGAUAUUAAAAAAUGAUACACCAAAUGAUGAAUUUGAAACGGAAAUAAAAAAAUAUCUUAAAUAUAAUAAAAUCCAUUUUGAGGAUUUAAAAAAAAAUGUAACUUUAGAUAUAAAAAAAGAAAUAAUUUCCCAAAAUAUUUUUGGUUUAAAAAAUGAACUACAGUUAUAUUUUCGCACAAAUUAUGAAGGAAUAUUUAAUAAUUUUUUGAGAAAAAGAAAAAUUAAUUUGACAAAAGGGGAUGACAAUAAAUUGUCUAUUUCUAAAAGCUUCAAUAUUAGUACUCAACAUGAGAAUGGUCCCUUAACCAGUGAAAAUAUUCCACUUGAAAAUACGGAAGAUAUGUAUUUAUAUAAAGAUGAACUUUUUGAUAUAUUGUCGUCAACUUUUUCACAAAAACAAUUAUAUGAUAUGGAAAAAUUAUUCAACUAUAUAUCUUUUAAAUAUUUUGAAGGUGGUAAAAACAAAGUAUAUUUGAAAACGUUUAUAGAAAUAUUUGAAUCGAUACAAAAAAAAAAAAAUUACUUAGUUUUUGAUGAAAUUGAAAAAUAUGAAAAAAACAUUUCAAAUGAGUGUAAUGAAGAAAUGGAGAGCAAUAAAAAUAGCCAAAAUGAAAAUUGUGAGGAUACACAUUCCGAGGAAUUUUCUCAUUUAUUUACAUACCCAAAUGAAAUAAGAAAAAUUAUAGACAACAUUAAAUCUUUUUACAAUUUAAAAAAUAAAAUGGAUGUUUUGAAACUAAAAAUGGAUGCAGAACUACAAUUAUCCGAAAAUAUAUUUCCAUAUUUUAACAAAUUUUAUGGUAGCAUUCACAAUAUUGAUCAUAUUAUAAAAUAUAAUUAUUCUCAUUUAGAAGAAUUGGAACAUGCAAAAACAGAAAGUGAAAAAAAUAAUAUCUUAUCAUACUUACUAGACGAUGGAAUUUUAUUCACACUUCUAAAAGAUGUAGAAAAUGAAAAUAAACAUGAAACCCUAAAAAUCAUACCCCCAACUAUUCGCACACAUGAUAUAAUAAACCUAGUAAAACAAAUUGAUAGCUUUACUGAGUUAAGCCAUAUUAAAGAUAUGAAAUUAAAUGUUUCUAAAAUUAUUAAAGAAAGAAAGAGUUUUAUUGAAAAUAUAAAAAGUCUUUUGAAACAUAAAAAGUUGAAAAAUCUAACUUCAGAAGAAUUAAUAAAUUUAUAUAAAAAAGGUGUAAAAAUAAACUUAGAUAAUUAUAAUUCGAAUGUUUUACAAAUGCUAAAAAAUAGAUAUACUAUAUUAAAUAUUUUAAUUAGUAUAAAAGAAUUAAUUAAGAAAAAUAAUUUAAAAAAAUAUAAGACAAAAGAUAAUGACCAAAAUAUUGCAGAAAAUGUGGUAAACUGCCAAAUGCAAUUUUUGGAACUAUUCCAAACAUGCUCCGAUUUAAUUAAAAAUAAUCAAAAUAUACAGUUAAAUGAUUUUUAUAAUAAUAUUUUUAAGGACUCACAAAAAAUAUAUGACGAACUUACUAGUCCUAACCUUACUGCAUAA